UUUGACUGCCCGUUAUGACAAUAAAACAAAAAUACAUUUAUAUACAUUCUAUCGACUUUCUUUACGAAGCGUUGCGGCAGACACGACCUUUAUUUUGAAAAUAUCAGCCGGAAUGGCUUCUUCCUAUUCCUGCUGGCUUGCUGCUUGUGGAGAGCCUGGCUAGGGGAGAGAACCGUGGGAGAAUGUAGAAUACCUAUGACAAGAUAAAGACAAGUAAAGUUUAGGAUUGAUAAACAUCGGGCGGCGUGGACGCAACAAACCGAACAGGUAUCACCAGCAGCGUGGCAACAUCUCUUCUCUCCCCUGGCUCUCCAGCGUGUAAGGACGCGUGCAUCAUAUCUGUAGUCACCCAGUGCCUCAAUUCCCUUUUAUAAAACUCACACCAGCAGCACAGGAGAAGGACGACUUUUAGCGAUCUGUUGAGUUCAUCCCAGCUUCUGAUAAGUCUGAACCCGCCAAAGUCUUCACCCGCGUCACUCCCUCCUCACACCGUGGUCGUUCCGCCUUAAACAUCUGCAAAGACUGCUCCGCACCGCCAUGGCCUCCAUCACCUCCGAGCCGGAGAUCCCAGACAACCACAGGGAGAGCUGGCUGGCGCUGCUCUCCGCCGCCGAGUCGUACUGCCAAAAGUCGGGCAGCGACCUGGCAAUAAUCACGGCGUGCAAGAAGUUCCGGACGCUGGCCGGAGACGGGACCAGGAAGCGGGAGAGCGCCGGCGUCUUUCCGAAGGAGUGCGAUUUCUCCUACAGCGUGUGGGGUCAGGGCUUCCUGGCGGAGUCGGCGCGCCGUUACGUGGACGACAUCGGCGUGUUGCACUCCACGACCAUGCUGACGGCCCAGAAGCACACGCGCCAGGCGGGGAGAGAGGGCGGGACCAAACCGCCAGCCGACCUGACCACCGACCCCGGCACCAGAGGGAGCUUUGCAGGCGACGGCGUGGUGGGCGGAGUCAGUCCCGGUAACAGACUGUAUUCCCAAAGCUACCCGUCCAUCUACAGCUCGGCAGCCGCGGCCGGGCCGGGCGGCGGGCAGAACCCUGAGGCGGAGCGGGAGAAGUGCGUCCGGGAGGCCGAGGAGAGCAGGCAGCGCGCCGGCAUCCCGGACCUGGAGGAAGAGUGCGAGGACGAGGACGAAGAGGAGGACAUGGACGAGAGGAGGCCUUACGGGAACGAAAGCGCCGGUGUCUUCUCCAUGGACGAGGACUCUCUGUCUCGGGACUGCGAGCCGUUCUUCGAGUCCGACGGGGAGGAGGAGAGCACCGACGGCUCCAUGAGCGAGGACGCUCCCCCGCCGCCGCUGCCGGCGGCGCGCGGCAUGGCCAUGGGUCAGGCUUCGUUCGCGGCCCGCCACGCCCACUCCCUGGCCAUGGCGCGCUCCCUGCCCGUGUCGGUGCCCGUGUGGGGCUGCGGAGGAACCAGGGCUCAAGGAGAGAACAACAGCGGGGAGCGGAUGGGCGUUGCUGAUCUGGACCACAUCGCCGCCAGCAUGAAGGCCCUGUUGGCCCCCAGAGCCACUGACGGGACUGAGAUGUUCGGGGCCCUGCCUCGGCCCCGCCUCAACACGGGGGACUUCCCCCUGAAGCACUGAGCGGGCGAGUGGAGGGAAUGAGGCGAGUGGAAGGAAGGAGGUGACGGUCAUCAUUAAAAAGGAGAGAUUGGCCGGCGGGAUGUGAAACAGUGUUAAAAGCUAGCUGCUCCGUUUAUUUCCCCCUCCAACCAAAAUGUACCGCACUUGCUUUGAGGAAGAAAAAAAAAAACAGAAAUGUUGUGAACACUAAUACCUUUU